GUCCCGGAUUGUACUGUUGUACUGGGCCUUUAAAUGGAUUUUGCAUCCGGAUUAGCGCCUUCAAAUGCCCGGACAGACCUACCGAUGACAACCCAUCUUUAACGUGUUUGUUUAAACGGGGUUAACAGGUGCAGUGCUGCUGCUGCUGCUGGCUGUCGGUUCACUAUGGCCCAGAACCAGGUGAUCCUGCAGUUCCGCUUCGCCACGUUUGGGGACUCAAUGCUGCAGAAGAUGAACCUCCUACGACACCAGAGACGCUUCUGUGAUGUCACUGUGCGCAUCAACCAGCUAGAGGUCCCUGGUCACAAGGUAGUGUUUGCCGCUGGCUCGUCUUUCCUGAGGGACCAGUUCAUCCUUCAGCAGGACUCCGGCGAGGUCCAGAUCUCCAUGAUCCAGGAGGCGGAGGUGGGCCGGCAGCUCCUGCUUUCCUGCUACACAGGGCAGCUGGAGUUUCCGGAGCUGGAGCUGGUGCAUUACCUGACAGUGGCCAGCUUCCUCCAAAUGGGCCACAUUGUGGAGCAGUGCACCCAAGCUCUCAGCAAGUUCAUCAAACCUCAGCCUGCACGCCAGCUGGAGGUGGAUGUGGGGAUAAGGAGGGAGAACAAGGAGGAGGGGUUAUCGUCCCAGGCCCAGAGAGAGCCGGAGCACUCUCAGGUCCGGACUGUCCAUCAAGAGGGGGCAGAGGUGGUGCAGGUUGGGGACGACAACAGUGGCAAUAAUGAUGACCACGAGGAUGACGAUGACGAUGACGAUGAUGAUGUAAUCAUACAGCCUGCAUCCCCUCUUCAUAACUUAGACAAACGUCCAAAGCAGGACAUGGUGGAGAGCGACAUCACUAUCAUAAAAGUGGAGUCUGUGUCUGACGCAGCGGAAAACUCCAUCACUGGUCACUUCCCCGCCAGCCCACCUCCUGCCCUCCACUCUCCCGAGCCCCAGCACUCCCUCAUAAACUCCACCGUGGACAGCCGUAGCAGUGAGAUGGCGGCUCCGCCCGGCGCGACCGGGUACCCGCUCAGUCCCCCUCCUGCGUACCCUCCGGCAGAGAAACACGGUGUGCACCAGAGGAACUACGACAAACCCCUCCAGUGGUACCACCAGUGUCCAAAGUGCUCGCGGGUCUUCCGCCAGCUGGAGAACUACGCCAACCACCUCAAGAUGCACAAGCUGUUCAUGUGCCUGCUGUGCGGCAAGACCUUCACGCAGAAGGGCAACCUGCACCGGCAUAUGCGGGUCCACGCCGGCAUCAAGCCCUUCCAGUGUAAAAUAUGUGGGAAGACCUUCACGCAAAAGUGCUCUCUGCUGGAUCACCUCAACCUGCACAGCGGGGACAAGCCACACCGCUGCAACUACUGCGACAUGGUUUUCGCUCACAAGCCAGUUCUCCGCAAACACCUCAAACAGAUCCACGGGAAGAACAGCUUUGACAACGCAAACGAAGGCAACCUGCACGACGGGGGGCUUGACUUUGAUUUUGGGCAAAUAUGAAAUCUGUAGACCUUUUUUUUGAAGUGAUGCAGACUUUACCUCGGAUGGAACAUUAGAAUCCUAAAUUUAGCAGUUCGAGAAACUGACACAGUAUUUUAUACAAAGCCGGAGCACAGAGCCUGUUAUUCUUUGUGUGAGAAGCCAUUGAUUGCAUUAUUGAGGAUUGGCACAUGAGUGAACAUGGUGGCUGGUUUCCUCCAGCCUCAUCCUGAUGGGUUUAACUGGAGAACGCAAACGUGAAAGGAGACGUUUUCCUUGGUCUACAUUUAACUGUAGCUUCAUUACUGUGGACAGUUUUUUUUUUUUUUUUUUUUUUUUUUUUUCUACAAUACGUUGUAGAUGCCUUCAUAUCGUACUUGAAAAUUCAGCACUGAAACACUAAAUAUAUAGACUGUACUUCAUUAGUUUUAUUGAUGAAUUAGCAUGUCUUUGUGUCUACGCUGUCCAAUGAGAAAAAAACAUGAAGGAAAAAGAUCCAUAUGUAUAUUGUGUAUACAGUCUACUGUAGCCUUUCUUUCUUUCUUUCUUACCUGUGUGAAUAUGACAACAUGGACUUAAUAACUUAAAGAAACUUGAAAGAGGAAAAUAUUUUAUUGAAGGCAAGCUACGCCAGUGACCAACACGGAUGCCAAAGUGUCUAUGGCUACGUUCAGGCUGCAGGCAAAAGUGGCCCAAAUCAAAUUUUUUUUGACCAGGUCAGACUUCUUCAGAAGUAGUGUGAACACUCAAAUCUUGCCCAGAUCUGAUUUUUUCAAAUCAAAUUUAGACCACUUACAUAUGUGUUCCAGAAUCAGACACAGGUCUGAUUUUCUUUUUUCAGUGCGGCCACAGUGUGAACAACCAAGGCCGAUUUGAUGUGACUUUUACGUCAAUCUACAUCUACAUUUGUCACAAUUAUGCGCCAGCGGGAGUUAGGCCUAGACACAGACAAUAAAAUUAAAAACUUGACUAGGCCUACAAAAUGGAGAACAGUGAUGGAGCAAGUCAAUGGAGGGAGAGUGAGGUGUUAGACCUAAUUAGUAUAUGGGGAGAUACUUCAAUUCAAUCUAAACUAGAAGGAUCAUACCGUAACCACUCAGUUUUUGAAAAAAUAGCAAACGAAAUGGAAGAACGGGGACACAGGACUACCACUACACCCUCUGCAGUGAAUUUGCAGCCACAGCCCCGCAAAAGGCCAAAAUAACCAAUUUGUCUCUCUAUCUCUUCAUUCUUCUCCUUCUCAGCACCUGCUCAUUAAU